CCUCAAACCAGCUACAAUCGUAAACACACAAAAAAAUCCCUAAGACAAACACGAUCAAAUCCAAAACUACAACAUUUGUCACAACUGAAGACUUCUGCACUUUAAGCUUCACCACUUUCCACUCAAGACACGUCAAGCUCUACCUCUAAAACACCAUUAUCCUCAGUAUUGCUCUUAACUUCAUCAACUACACCAUCCCCAAUUCAAUCUUACCUCUCGUCUUACUUGACACUGACCUAGUAACAAUGGAUGUCAGAACAACAGGUAGAAUUGUUUCGGGAUUCCUACCUCUGCCUAUUAUCACCGAUCGCCUUAUAAUUCGAUCAUACCGUUCCACAGAUCUUGAGGCAUACCAUACACUCUUGACGGACCGAGGAGCUAUGGAGGGAACUGACAUUUCUCCAAAUAGAGACUGGACUGAGUCCUUACUCGAAGGGAACAUACCACCGUACGGUUCUGAUAUGAUGCUGGGUAUCUUCCUGAAAAAUCCAGACGGCUCCGAGGGCGACUUAAUCGGAGAUGGAGGCAUGGACAAUUUACGUACAGGAGGAGAAUGGCCAAGCUUGAAUUACCGUUUGAAAACGGAAUACUGGUAUAAAGGAUACGCCACGGAAUUCGCAAGAGCUUUUAUGGCAUUCUGGCGGAAUUUACCUCGUGUGCCUAUAACACUCACAGUACGACCUAAGUCUGUGGACGACCAGCAAGGUAGCCUUCACGUGACGGAACGAGUCUGUGCUUCAGUCAAGAUGAAAAAUGAAGCAAGUCAAAAUGUGCUGGAAAAGCUCGGGUUUGUACUAUUUGAUUUUGAACUAGGGGAUGACGCCUUAACCGAAUGGCGUUAUAUACUUAAGGUAUAAUAUGGUAUAAAUGUAUACGCUUAUAGAUGGAAACAUGUUUAGCCUGGGCUUAAAAUCAAUUUGUUUUUCCUAACUCUUCAUCGUAGAGCGCCAAAGUCACUGAAGAAAUUUCUGGUUACAUAUUUUUUAUCCUCGGCGAAUACUUCUAGCCCGGGUGUAACUUGUAGACAAAGAACGAAUAUUCAACAGAUUUCCAGUGCCUUGACAGGUUGGGCAUUUUCUCUAACAAGCGACUUACUCCUUUCAACACCUAUACUUUGUUUCUAAGUAUUGGAUUGUUCUUCAAGGAGCGGGUUAAAUAGCACGACUGGAAUGGGUAAAGCUUAGAAUAUCGGCGUGAUGACGUUUUAUAAGAAAAGCUUCAGUCCAAGUAAAAGUUCUUC